UCCGCCCAGACAGCAGCGGAGCCGGAAACAAAGACGUCAGCCCUGCACAGUGCCUGAACUUUUUAACUUUUGUUGGACCCUGUUUGUACAUGCUAAAGGUAAGCGAGUUGCUUAGCGUUUCUGAUUUGCCUAAUAAGAUAACAACAUUAAGAACAUAUUAAGAUUGCGGUUUGUUGAGCACGAUGCGUAACAUUCAGGAUCUAAAGCUGGAAAAGUAUUUGUUCUCCCAAUGGAACUGUUUGAUUUAGGGUUACAUAUACUUUCUUCUUCAUCCACUAUAUUGCACCGUGAAUGUUCCUGGAGGGCUGUUUAUUUCAGUCAUCCUCAUUCGUGGAAUAGCUCCAGUAUGCUAUGAGCUAUUGAAAGAAUAACAGUUUCCUGACGAUGUGUUCAUAGUCGCUGUUCUGGCUCGUUAACAACAGACUGGAACAGAUUUAUGAAUAUCACGCUCUUGUUUAUUCAUGAUAUAUAAAACAGCAUUUCAAGUGAAUGCAGCUAACAAAAUAACUCCUUAAGUUGCACCUGUCAUGCACUGUCAAUUCAGCUUAAAAAAAAAAACAAAAAAAAGAAAAACAUGUUAAAGCAAACUUGCAUUGUCAUUUUAAACACUGCAUCUGGUAGUACACUAGGACGAAGGCUCUCAGUUACAUGCAUUGUCAUUUUAAACACUGCAUCUGGUAGUACACUAGGACGAAGGCUCUCAGUUACAUGCAUUGUCAUUUUAAACACUGCAUCUGGUAGUACACUAGGACGAAGGCUCUCAGUUACAUGCAUUGCCAUUUUAAACACUGCAUCUGGUAGUACACUAGGACGAAGGCUCUCAGUUACAUGCAUUGUCAUUUUAAACACUGCAUCUGGUAGUACUGUGGGAAGAAGGCUGUCAGUUUGCGAAUGGAAGUGCAGCACAGGGGAGAUUUAUGGAAUCAUUGUGCUGGCUAGAAGCUACUUUGAAAGAAGCUGGCAGCAGAUGAAGUGAAGCCCUGCGUAGGGUUCCUCAGUAACGAGUGUUUGCAGGAGUGCUAUCCCCUCAGCAUGGGCACUGGGAUUAGGAUGUCAUGGCAUUGUUGCUUUUGGAUUGGAAAGUGCAGCUGAAGGCUUGAUUGCUGUUUGCCAGGAGUCUGUUUUAGCAGCAGCAGCUGACUCCAGUGGAGAGGUUCAGGGCUCGGGCAGUGUUUUCCAGGAGGUUCACAUAUAGCAGUACUGUAGCCAGCAGUGAUUGUGUGCGCUGGGGCUUGCACAGGCUUGCAUCUUUUCAGCUAGAGACGAGAGUUGAGAGAGUUAGUGGAAUAAAUUGUUAAUGGUGUUGGGCACUUUCCCACAAAACUGCCUGGUGUGUUGCAUGGGUAAGAAGACACUGGAAACCCAGGACUGGGGCAAAGAAACUCCUUCACUGCUGUUAACUGUGAGGUAAGGCUGGCCAUGAGCUCCCUGUAUUUAAUGAGUGGCAAUAAUUCUCUCCCUCUCUCUCUCGCUUGUGUAUAGCACUUCUAAUAAACCCUUCAUUAAUGCAACGGCUUACUAUCUGCUAGAUGUAUUUGUCUUCAGAGUAAAUACUGUUGUUUAUUUUCUUCUUAAACAUACACAAUUUCUCUACAAAAUUAAUCCUAUAAUGAAAGUUCUUCUUAAAAUUCACUUUCAUACACUGAUAAGGUUUAGGGCUAGAUUCAUGUAGCACAAACUGAAUACAGUAGGUAUUAUUGUACAGCUCCAUAAUAAUUACCAAAUCAAGUUGUUUGUCAAUACAUGAAUACAAUACAGUGAGAACAUCCCAGGUUAUGCUCUCAUCUCAAACGGUGACAUAUUUAAAACUGUUUAAAACACCCUUGUGACAGAACCCCCCCCCCCCCCCCCCCUCCCCCUUUGGUUCCUGCCUCUGUGGCUGUGCUUGCUGAGGGUUCCUAUCAGACUCCGUCUCUUAUCAUAGCAACCAGACAUACAAGUCUAGGCUUGCCUGUCAGCGAGGUGCUUGCACGCCUCCAGGCCAGUAGAUGCAGCUUCCUCUGUUGUUGCACUGACCCAUGGGGCUCCUGUGAGAACACUACAAGCUCCCUGCUUUUUGUUGCUCCCUUAGAUCACAACAGGAAUUUCCCUAUGAUCAGUGAUGACCUGGUGAACUCCUACCAUCUCCUGCUGUGUGCACUGGACUUGGUGUACGGGACCACUCUGCUCUGCACCAAUCGGAAGGAUCUGCUGAAUCCCAGCUUUAAAGGUCUCCCUGAAGACUCUCACAGUAAGGACUGUAAGGCUCCCUCAGAAGCUGUGUGCAUCAUUGAGCAGCUGUGCAGCCUGCAUGACGGCCUGGUGUUGGAGGCUAAAGGGAUUAAAGAGCACUUCUGGAAACCUUUCAUCAAAAAACUGUUUUAUAAAAAGAUUUUAAAGGGAAAGGAAGAAAAUCUUUCAGGGUUCUUAGAUCCAGGAAACUUUGGAGAUAGUUUCAAAGCUCUAAACCGGGCCUACGAGGAGUAUGUGUUGUCAGUGGGGAGUUUAGAUGAGAGGAUAUUCCUGGGAGAAGAUGCCAAUGAGGAGAUAGGAACCCCGGGCACGUACAAAUACUCCACCUUGGACAUGGACCCCACGGAGCGCGCUCAGGGCAGACACGGCCUCCAGCCAAAUCUCCACAAGUCCAAGGCCCUCCGAGUCUCAACACCACUUACUGGCCGCCGAUACAUAAAGGAGAGCAACGUUUCCCAAACUCCGGUUUCCACGGCAACGCAGAGCGUGGGCCGCCUGCACAGCAUCCUGACAGGACUGAAACAGGGGCCCAGUGAAACCCUCCUGCAGACUCUCAGAACAUGUUCAAGAGACCCCUCUCAGUCCAUCACUGUCAGACUAAAGGAAAUGUUUGAAGUAUUCUGCCAACAUUAUAGAACAUCUAGUGAGGAGUAUUCAGGUCUUUCAAAAGAUAUUGCUGUGAAACGCUUCCGCCUGGCAGAAGUGCUUUACUAUAGAAUCCUGGAAGGGGUCAUUAAUCAAGAAAAGAAGAGGCUAGGGGACACAGACCUGUCUGGGAUCCUGGAACAGGACGUAUUCCACAGGUCCCUCUUCGCCUGCUGCCUUGAGAUUGUCAUCUUCUCAUACCGCCCCCCGGGAGACUUCCCCUGGGUCAUUGAAAUCUUCGACCUGCCGCCAUAUCACUUCUAUAAGGUGAUUGAGGUCCUGAUCCGCACGGAGGACGGGCUCGUCAGAGAGGUGGUGAAGCACCUGAACCAGGUGGAGGAGCAGGUCCUGGAGAGCAUGGCCUGGAGACAGGAUUCCCCUCUGUGGGAGAGCGUGCGCGGGGUCAAGAACAGAGUGCCAGCCUGUGAGGAGGUGAUGCCAUCCCAGCAUUUUGAGAGUCCUGAGGGACCUGGUACCACCAGCACCCCUCUGACCCCCAGCAGGGUGAACGAGAUCCGUGCCGACUGUGCUGGGAAGGCAGCCGCCUCCCCGUCUCCCACGAGUCUGCAGGAGCGCUACAGCUCCCCCGCAGCAGGGACCGCCAGGAGAAAGCUGUUUGUGGACACUGACAGUAAUCCUGAAUCUGGAGGCCCAAUGAGAGUCUCUCAGCCACCCCUAGUGAACACAGUGCCAGUGCAGAGCAGGGCAGGCGACACCAUCUCCAUCACUCAAGUACCUGGGCAGACAGUGGUCACCAUGGCGACAGCUACCGUCACUGCCAACAAUGGGCAGACUGUAACAAUACCCGUACAAGGUAUAGCUAACGAGAAUGGAGGAAUCACCUUUAUUCCUGUCCAAGUGAGUGUGAGCGCUCAGACCCUGGCCAGCACUCUCAACACGCAGCAGAUCACAGGCUCCACCCUGCAGGUGGCCGGACCGGUGGUCCUCUCUACAGGACAGCAGCAGAAGAAAAGCCAACAGAGCCCGGCCAGCACCAAGCCCAGGAUAACCGGCUCCCUGUCGCUCUUCUUCAGGAAGGUUUACCAUUUGGCAAGCGUGCGCCUGAGGGACCUGUGUGUGAAGCUGGAUAUUUCAGACAGUCUGAGGAGAAAGAUCUGGACGUGCUUCGAGUUCUCCCUCGUCCACUGUACCGAGCUCAUGGUGGACCGCCAUUUGGACCAACUGCUUAUGUGUGCUAUAUACGUCAUGACGAAGGUGACAAAGGAGGACAAGUCGUUUCAGAAUAUCAUGAAGUGCUACAGGACUCAGCCUCAGGCCAACAGCAGCGUAUACAGAAGCGUGUUGAUAAAAGGACGAAGGAGACGGAACUCUGGGAGCAGCGAUGGCAGCGUCCGUCAGAACUCCCCCAGCGAGGCCAGCAAGGACAAAACCAGUAGAGACUCGAGCCCCGUCCUCAUGCGCUCCAGCAGCACGCUGCCCGUCCCCCAGCCCAGCAGUGCCCCCCCCACGCCCACCCGCCUCACCGGAGCCAACAGCGACAUAGAGGAGGAGGAGCGAGGAGACCUCAUCCAGUUCUACAAUAGCAUCUACAUCAAAGAGAUCCGCGAGUUCGCGCUGCGGUACUCCCCCAGUGGCAACAUGGCAGCUGGGCAGGCGGAAGUACCUCCCUUGUCUCCCUACCCCUCUCUGCGCACCGGCUCCCCUCGGCGAGUCCUCCUGUCCCAGCACCACUCCGUCUACAUCUCUCCUCACAAGAACGGAGGCAGCCUGUCUCCCAGGGACAAGAUAUUCUACUACUUCAGCAGCAGCCCCUCCAAGAGGCUGCGAGAGAUCAACAGCAUGAUUAAAACAGGGGAGACCCCGACCAAGAAACGAGGCAUUUCAUUAGAGGACAGCAGGGAGUCUCCGGCGAAGAGGGUGUGCCAGGAGAACCACACUGCCUUGUUCCGUAGGCUGCAGGACGUGGCCAAUGACCGAGGCUCGCAGUAACGAGGUACAGAGUGUAUCGCUGCCUCCAGGUUUGUGUGUCUGUAUAGAGACAUGCAUGAGAAAACGCAAUGGCACCUGCUAGCUCUAGUUUGCAUUGCUGUCAGGAGCUGUGAAAAGCAAUCCAGAUUUGAAUUUCUCUCUGGUAAAAUUGAUAUUCCCAUUGCAGUACUAGCAGAGUUGUAGUAAUCAGCCAGCAGGUGGUGCUUUGCUCAAACUAAAAUAUUUCCACCACCUUUGUGAUUGUAGUUAUUUUUAUUUGGCCUGCAGUACUGGCAAAGCUAUGCGUCAUCACUGAGGGCAUUUUAGUAAAGUAAUAACAUUUUAGUACGCUAUUUUGUUUAUUUAUAUACAAUAUCUGAAAGUAAAUGCAUUCAUUUUCCAGACUACAUAUAACCAGGUUUAAUAUAGUGAAGAGACAAAAUCUUGCAAGCAAGUGAGAUGUUUCACUUUUACAACAGGGCUACUGUUAAAUGGAUAUUUUUCUACAUAUCGAAAAUUAACACAAUUUGGGAAACUAAGAAAAAUGCAUACGGUUGCCUUAAUAUUUUUCUAGGUGUGUAGAUUUGUAAGUGUGCUAUAUGGCUACAUUUGUUGUUGUUGUUGUUAUAAAAACCAUGUAAUGUAUAGCAUAUAAGCAAUAUUAAAAUAACUAAAAAAGUAAUGUAUAAGAUUAAGUUAUAUAGUAGAAAACAGCACCUUGUUAACAGGGCGAAGGAUGGUAUGAUAAAUAUAAACUGUAUAUUAGAAAUUAUACCAAGCCUCAAGAUGCUGAUCAUGCUUCCACUUAUUUUUCCACAGUAAAAAAGUUCCCAUGCUGAGUAAGUUGAGGAAGGUGUUCGUGGGGGAUUUAUGACCCACGGCGUGUGUACAUUGCAGGGCAUAAUACUUUACAUACAGUCCAUUAAAAGCACAUUACUGAACCCAAGACUUACAAUCACAGGCACCAAAAUUCAAAGUGAGCUAGAUAUGCAGACUUUAGCAUUAACAAAAUCUGUGACUUAGUGCACAGGACAAGCUUAAAAAAAAAAAGUUACAGUAGAUCUACAUUUGCAAUAUUUUGUCUUUAAGAUGCACUUUGAUGUAAUGUUGGUCCUGGAUGUCAACUUUUGCAGCCAAAGUAACACAGAUUCACACUGAAAAAAGGUUUUUGAAAAUUACACUUGGAAAGAUUCAUUUCUCUCUAGGCUUUAUA